AUGAAUCGGUUCCACUUACACUUCAUAAAAAUUCUAACCUUCUCACUUGCUUUACACUACCGAUUCUCUGCCGCUGUAAUCACCUAUCCGCAAUGCGAUCAGUUGCAAGUGGAGACGAAUUGUAGCUGCAAACGUGAUAUCUACGUCGACAUGGAAAUUGUCUGUCCGCUAAAAGUGCGUGCAAGCAACAACAGCGAUGGCAUAGUAACAAUCGCCAUUUACAGAAGCGCGCAGGUGCAAGUGACCUGCCAAGGCAAGGCGCAAGAGGCUGAUGGCGAAGCGCUCGCUACCGCGUUGCCCUCACUGCCUGUCGGACCUGAUUUAAUGCUGCUGGCGACACGCGGUUGCACCAAUGGUUUCGACACAAUUUUGCGUCGCUUAAGCAUACGCAAAGCCAGGUUGCUUGAGCUGAGCGCUGGCGCGACGGCAACAAACGCAAAUCUAACACGACAACAGCUACCCACUGUGCUGCCGGUGGACAACUUGAAGCUUACUGCUUACACGCGCUUAGCAGCUGAUCUUUUUGCGGACUAUGCGCGUUUGAAAUUCCUCGAAAUCGAAGCUUCCUACUUGCACUUACCGCCUGCGGUUUUCCAGUCGCUACCCAAUUUAAUAGGUCUUACGCUAAAGGCGCACAUUUCACGGCUGUCGCUUGAAACAUUUCGCGCACAGCAUCGACUCCUAAAUGUUGUUUUCAGCGAUGGUGCGCUGCAGAGUCUGCUGACUGCUGAUUUCCAGCACUUGCCAAAGCUACAGUCGCUUCACUUGCCACGCAAUCAGCUGGAUCAAGUACCAGCGCACACCUUCGCGCCACUCAACGAGCUAUUGCGCAUCAAUUUGAGUGAAAAUCGCUUGCGUGCGCUGCCCGCCAAUAUGCUCGAGCAUCAAUCGAAGCUCGUUUACAUCGAUUUGAGUGAAAACCAGCUGCAAGCGCUAUCGCCGGAAUUAUUUACGCAUACACAGCGCCUGCAGGAGCUCCGCUUGUCGCACAAUCAAUUGCAAAGCAUACCCAGCGAAUUGCUUGCGCCGCUCAACUUUCUCAAGCUGUUGCAUCUGAACAACAAUGCACUGCGCGACUUGCAUCCGCACACCUUCGCCAACAAUACCGAGCUUCAGUACCUGCAUUUGCAGCACAAUCGCAUCGAGUUAUCAGCAGCGGACAUGUGUGCUACGCUCGUCUCCUUCACAGAACUAAGCGAACUGCUGCUGCACAACAACUCGUUGACACAAUUGUGCGCACAGCUGCCGCCAAGGAGAAUGGGGCGCAUUGAUUUGUCACACAAUCGCAUCGGAACGCUGCGAGCGCCUGAGCUAGUUGCGCUCGCAUGCAGUUGGGCGCGCGUAGAUCUAUCGCAUAACGCGCUCCAAACUAUUAUAUUGCCAUCGAAGUUGAACAUCAGCUUGGAAGACAUGCCAGCACUCAAAUGCCAGAGUAACAUAGCGCUUAACGAGAAUGCGCUGCACUGCGAUUGCCAGCUAUUGGACUUUGUGCUGCAGAGUCAUCGGCGCUUUCUCAGCGUGCAGACGCAACUGAACACCACCAAUCUGAGCUGCGCGUCACCAGCUAAGCUACGAGGCCGCCUUGUUGAUACGCUGCAGCCCAGCGAGCUUUUGUGUCCUGUAGUCGCAGCCUUUUGUCCCGAGCGCUGUCGCUGCUGGGCGCGCCCUCACGACGCUACGCUAAUCGUAAACUGCACGCAAACGCGGCUGAAAAGUGUUCCUGCGCUACCAUCGCUCUCCAAGACAACGCUUGCGGCAAUCGAGUUGCAUGUUACUCACAACGAAAUCCGCGCGCUUCCGCUGAACUCAACCGCCGGUUAUGUGAAAGUGACGCGCAUAUACGCGGCCUACAACCAGCUCAGCAGCAUUGAAGCGGCACAGCUGCCUGUGCAGCUCACACACCUUGACGUGCGCGCUAACCGCUUGGCGCGUCUCAACAACAGUUUCUACAUACUACUCAAUCGCACACAAACGCUGGCUACGCUGUAUUUGUCACAAAAUCCAUGGGCGUGCGACUGUGACACCGAACAGUUGUUGAUCGCCGCCAAGGUGCAUCACAACCGCAUACGCGAUCUGGAUGCGCUCAGCUGCGCCGAUCCGCAGUAUCCAAAAAUACUUGAGCUAGCCUUCAGCGAUAUUUGUCCUACAGAUAUGACAGCACUUUUCGCCAGCAUAAGCCUGCUAGCCACAGGUUUGCUGCUAGCUAUCACCAGCGCGUUCUACUUCAAAUAUCAGCUGGAAGUAAAUGUAUGGCUGUACGCGCAUAACGCCUGCCUUUGGUGUGUCACCGAGCACGAGUUGGACAAGGACAAAGUCUUCGAUGCGUUCAUCUCAUAUUCGCACAAAGAUGAGCGUUUCGUCAAACAAGAGCUGUUGCCGGGUCUGGAACAGGGCGACAUACCAUUUCGCGUGUGUACGCAUGAACGCAAUUGGCUUGCGGGCGCUUAUAUACCUGAACAAAUCGUCGAAUCUGUGGAACAAUCGCGCCGCACAAUAAUUGUGCUCUCGCAGCAUUUUAUCGAAUCGCCGUGGGCGCGCAUGGAAUUCCGCACUGCACAUCAGAGCGCCUUGGAUGAGCGACGCGCGCGCAUCAUUAUUAUUAUGUAUAGUGAAGUGGUGAAUAUGGAUGCGCUCGAUACAGAGCUGCGCGCCUACUUGAAGAUGAAUACCUACUUGCAGUGGGACGAUCCUUGGUUCUGGAGCAAAUUACGUUAUGCCAUGCCACAUAAGCGUCGACAUGUGCGGGAAGAUGCGAAUGCGCCGCGGUAUGUCUACAGCGGCUCUGAGUUAAUACAGCUGGGUAGACGUUCGCGCGGAGCGAGGCAUUGA